CUGUUGCUAUCUCCACCUUGCAGUGCGAAGACCUGCAAAAAGCAUUAUCAUGAUGCAUUUCAGUCUCAAGAGUUUUACGGUCCCACCCUGCCGAGUUGUGUAGUGACGAGUCCGUUUCGUAGCAAGGCCCUUAUAUUUUUGCUGUUUUUACGGCCGCGCAUACACUGCAUGUGAUACUAUCGUUACUGACGCGUUUUUUCAGCUGUCACCCAAACCGACUCGGACUGUCGCAGAGUCCCUGCCCUAGCAUUCGCGCAUAGACGACCCCCCAAACCGUCGCUACAGUGGUAAUUAUUCUCGCUGCGACUGUCGCAGAUUAAUACCGCCAUAAUGACGAAAAACGUUCGCCAGCUGUUACUUCUCCUCGUCGUCGCCACCCUCUCUGUCGCACACGUCCACGGCCAGUCGUCGUGGGUCGCAGCCGCUUCCCCGUCGCCAGCGAAGUCGCCGACGUAUCCCGCGUGCCCGCUCACGGGGAAGCCACCGAAGAAGCCGGCGCUUACCCCGCCCCGCUGCCUGGCGGCGGCGGACUACACGUGCUGCGCGGACUGCUCCGAUCUGAACACUGCGCUCGGGCUCGUCGGGACCAACCUCACCGACGUCGUCGCGCAGAUCAGCCCGCUAUUCGUCGACUUGAUCGACCCGAGCCUCAAGGUGUGUGACCUGUUCACGGGGCAGGCGCAGUGUGCGCAGCUGAUGGAGGAUCUGCUGUGCGGACUAUCUUGCGACCCUAACGCGGGGUCCUACGUGGCGGUUGUCCCCGGUAAAAACACCACCAUGACGGUCUGCACCAGUUUCGCGGAUAGCCUUUUCAAGGCGUGCAGGGGUCUCUCCAUUGGCCCUGACAUGCAACUGACUGGGCUCAUCACCGCCUACCCUGACUUUAUGAACGUCAUUGUUGCAAACGUCAUCAAGUCCCUCGGCGUGCCCAACUUCAGCUUUAAAUUCUCUACAACCGCCUGUUACACCAGCAGCGGGUCUACCCCGCAAACAUCGCCUGCUGCGACCCCUCAACGUCCCCGCCGGCCUGCCCUGCUGGGUCGGUCAACACCACCGAAUACGCCGACCUCAUUGGCCGCACCAUCAGCCCUGCCACCUGCCCAGCCUCCACUCCCUCCGCCCCUCCCUCCGCCCCGCCCUCCGCUCCGCCCUCCGCCCCUCCCCCUGCCGUGUCGCCGACGUAUCCCACGUGCCCGCUGACGGGGAAGCCGCCGAAGAAGCCGGCGCUUACCCCGCCUCGGUGCCUGGCGGCGGCGGACUACACGUGCUGCGCAGACUGCUCCGAUCUGAACACGGCGCUCGGGCUCGUCGGGACGAAUCUGACGGACGUCGUCGCGAAAAUCAGCCCGCAAUUCGUGGACCUCAUCGAUCCGAGCCUGAAGGUGUGCGACCUUUUCGCGGGGCAGGCGCAGUGUGCGCAGCUGAUGGAGGAUUUGCUGUGCGGACUAUCGUGCAACCCUAAUGCGGGGUCCUAUGUGGCGGUUGUACCCGGUAACAGCACCACCAUGACAGUCUGCUCCGGUUUCGCGGAUAGCCUUUUCAAGGCGUGCAGCGGACUCUCCCUCGGCCCUGACAUGCAACUGACUGGGCUCAUCACCGCCUACCCUGACUUCAUGAACCUCAUCGUUGCAAACGUCAUCAAGUCCCUCGGCGUACCCAACUUCAAAUUUGCUUUCUCCACAACCGCCUGCUUCACCAGCAGCGGCGUCUACCCCGCAAACAUCGCCUGCUGCGACCCUCUCAACGUCCCCGCCGCCUGCCCUGCUGGGUCUGUCAACACCACCGAAUACGCCGACCUCAUAGGCCGCACCAUCAGCCCUGACACCUGCCCAGCCGCCACUCCCUCCGCCCCUCCCUCUGCCCCUGCCCCUGGUUCUGCCCCUGGUUCUGCCCCUGGUUCUGCCCCUGGUUCUGCCCCUGGAUCUGCCCCUGGUUCUGCCCCUGGUUCUGCCCCUGGUUCUGCCCCUGGUUCUGCCCCUGGAUCUGCCCCUGGAUCUGCCCCUGGUUCUACUACUCCCUCUCCACCCACGUCUGCGGCACCUUCGUCAUCACCUCCCGUGGUUGUCGCCCCACCCCCCUCCACCAAUGCUCCGUCUCCCUCCCUCCCUGCUACGUCUCCCUCCCCUUCCACUCCGCCGCCCUCCCCCGCUUCUCCGUCUCCCUCCCCUCCCACUCCAUCCACCCCCCCUCCUAAUUCUGGCUCCCCUUCGGCUCUUGCUGAUGGAUCGGUGGUUAGAUGCCUUAUUUAUGGGGCUGUGGCUUUGCUUGCCCUAUAACGCGACGGCACUGUGAUUAUUGAAUACUUGGUCCUAUGUAACAUCGUAUCUGCGUACACUGUCGAUUGAAUACAUGUUUUUAAUGACA